AUGUGUAUAAAAGAUUGCAUUGCAAAUAAGUGCAUGAAAGUAAUUAAGAAGCCUAAUCUAACCCCCAUAUGUAAAGAAGCUUGCGAGGAGUUUUGCAAUGAACAACCAAACGACCGACCAAACGUCCAAAUGAUUAUUCCUGGACAAGAUCACGUGAACGCUCAAAAAUCUUGA